AUGACAGCAGUAGCAACCCGGCCCCUGAUGCCCAACAGUGACCCCUUUGGGGUAGACGCUGUAAUGAGCAAAGAGAUAACCGCGGUACCCAGUGAAAUCCCUGAUGGGACUGACGCUGAGGCGAACGAAACGCUCGCCGUGGUACCCAGAAGUGUCCCUGCCGGAGCGGACGCUGAGAUCAACAAGCAACUCGCCGCAAUUUGGGGCAAUAUGGAACAGCGGAUGGCCAAGCUUGCCAAAAUGUCUCAAGGCAAAGACUACGACAAGAACUUGAAACCCGAAGACGUGAUGAAGAAUCUGGAUGCCGUACGAUCUGCACGCCUGAAAAACUCAGAGAAAUGGGGGACUAUCCGGCAGACUGUCAGCAAUACCCUCGACGUCAUCACAAAUGUUGGAGGAAUGGUUGCCGAUGCCGCCUCUCAGGUGUUCGCCCCAGCUGGACAAUGCUACAACGCCCUCAACUUUGUCAUCAACGCGUACAAGGGCUACGCGAGCAUAUUUGAAACACUCAAUGACCUGUUCAAAAAAUGUGCGAGCUUUUUAGGACGUUUACACAAAUAUUCCAUGGCCAAUAUGAGCCGCGAAUUGAGUGUGGUAGCGUGCGAGGUUCUAAGCCACUUUGUGGACAUUUGCGAUAAGGCAUUGACACUGCGAACUUCACGGAUGUUCAAGAUCAAGACGAUGGCAAAGAUUGCUUUCCUUCAGCAGAAUGAAUUUUCGGAAUCCUUGGGAGCGAUGGAUGACCUCACCAGGGAUGAAGAGUUGGAGCGCGGCGCCGAUAUGUACCUAAAUGGCGCGGAGACGCUCAACAACUCCCGAAACAUAAUGGGGGUCUUGGAGCAAGACCGAACGGAAAGAACAGAGCAAAGCAAAGAAAAGAAGGACAGGAACAUUGUUCUACGCGUCCUGAACUUCAGCACAAGUCCGGAUGUCUGGGAUGGCAAUGGACCCAUUGCAACCUGGGGGUCGACUUAUCAAAACAUUCGCCACCGCACCGUGGAGGGAACAGGCCAGUGGUUGUUAGGGGAGCGCGAGUUUACGGACUGGGUGAAGAAGAAUUCAGAAGCGCCUGUUCUAGGGAUUACUGGCGGCGAAGCCUCGGGUAAGAGCUAUCUGGCAGCUUCUAUCGCCAGUCACUUGCUUGCAAAUGGUUCUGGCGAGGCAAUCAACUCCAGACAGCUCGUUGCCUUUUACUUCGUUGAUGAGAGGAAGGCCAAUGCUGGGAUCGAGGUACUCGGCAAGUCUAUCAUCUGGCAAUUCGCCCAGAACGAUGCAUCGUACAUGCAAUCGGCCGCCGCGACGUGCAGAAAGGAUCGCAACAUCGAACCGAAAGAAUUAUUGACUCGUCUCCUCCUCGAAAACCACAAGGAACUGAAGGCCAUUGAUGCGACGUUUUACAUUGUUCUGAACAAGAUUGGCGACAGUGACGACAACGUCCAUGAUGGGGUAUUCAACUUCCUGCUAAACGCCUCGCGAGCUAGCAAAGGAUCAGUUCGCGUCUUGUUCACCGCCACCGAGGGGACCGCCAAAAAGCUCCAGAGUCGUGGCCUGAAGUGUCCUACUGUCUCUAUGGACCGUAACGCGGACGACGUCCGCAAGUACAUUGAUGCACGCUUGGAUAAGAUGGAUAACCUCUCUGACAAGGGAGACGAUCAAGUCAAUGCUAUCCGGAAAAUCAUUCAAACCAGGCUUUACACAGAAACUGGAGGGAACUACUACAUGAUGGAGAAAACUCUCAACAAGAUCAGCAAAUUGGACCUCGACACCGACAUCUACAACGAACUUGACAAGGCGAGCCGAAGUUUAACCGAUCAUAUUGAGGAUGAUGUCCGCGAUCUCAACCGGCGUCGCUCGAAGAAGGAGUUGGAGGAGAUCAAUGAGGUGGUCCUUUGGAUUACCUUCGCAAAAGAGCGGAUGUCGAUCGAGAAAAUGAAGGCAGUCCUUCAGUUGAAGAACAACGCGGCCUCCUUGAGACCUCUGGAGGACCGGCUUAGAAAGUUCCUCUUGUUCGAGAUCGACAACAAUGGAUACGUCAAUUUCCGAUCAGAGCAGAUCUUGGACAAAUUGCCGCAGCGGGCCCAGACCGCCAAAGAGCGCCUGCAGAAUAACGAGGAAGUGAACCAGGGCGAGGUUGACAUCCUGAAACACUUCCUCGGCAACGUGUGCCCCCCAGACCUGGUUCAAAAGCUUGGGUUGGAAGAGCACUUCGACCAGAAGUUAAGCCCCCGACAAGAGCAGAUCUAUCAAGAGGACAAGAACAAUGCCAAUUUCCAACUUGCUAGGGCUUGUCUCCAUGCGUUGACCAGUGAGACCCAUGGCCAGCUGAGGGUACUGCGAGGAUACGCAGUACGCCACUUGGUGGACCACAUGCACGAAGUGGAUCUGGCUAGCAUAGACCCUGAUUCAAAACGCAAGCUUGGACCUCAUCUCGUGAGACUGUUCCAUGAUGGUGCCGCCAUCGACAAUCUUUUCUGGGCGAAAAAAGAGACCCCGGACUUCCCGGAUUGGCUACGCGACGAGGAGACAGUGCGACUGAUUUGUACGUGGCUAAAGGCCACUUCCGCUGACACCCAGAGUAGUGAGAAGGAAAAGGAUUGGCUCAAUAAGUUGAUGGCCGACGGGCAAGAUCGCGUCAAAACCAUCGCCGAGCCUUCUGUCCUCCGGAUGGCCCAUUACUGUUUCGAGGAGGACUCGGAUUUUACAGUGACAUCUGCCACUUUUGAGAUCGUUAAGCGAUUUGUAACCGAGCAUGCCACAACCACUGAACACCAAGGAGCGGCGUCUUUUACGGAUGAGCAAAUUGAAGAGUGGUGUCUCAAGAGACUCCCAACUGAACAGCCAAACUCGCGCUGGCAUACCCAGAUGGCUUUUGUAUUGAGCAGGUCCCGUGACAAGGAAGCAGCCGAAGCAAGAUGCUGCAAAGCCCUCGAUCUUGAUCCGAACAACUGGCGAGCUUCAGUCCUCCUGGCUCGUUUCCUCAAGUCUAACAAGGACGCUAUUGCCAUUCUGAAGAAGCUUGUCGCUCGCUACGGGGGAGAUUCGGCUUGGAUGGCGGAGAAUCGAGAGGAACUCGCUCAGAUGGAAUUCGGUCUAGGACAUCGGUACUGGUCUGACCAGCAGCUGGACAAGGCGAAGAAAUGGUACUCGGCCUGUAUUGAACAUGGGCCUGCCAGAUACCAUUUUCCGACAGCCAUUUUGUUGAGAUACAAGUCAGUUCAAUGGUGGAACGAAAUGAUGGAUGUCAUUGAGCAACUUCGCUCCAAGUCUCAUCUCACUCCCAUGAUGCUUGCCUUGACAGAGAGUCCUCGGAACGAGAUGGUCCAGAUUGCCAUGCUGGAAGCAGGUGUCAACACCAAUAACCUUGGUGUCUUCGAUGAUGUGUACAAGGGAGCAAUUGAAUCGGCCGCAAAAGCCAGGCGUUACCGCGCCUCAUUCAGUCUUCGACGGGGUUAUGCUAGCGCUCUCGCCGCACGUCACCCCUGCCCAACCGAUGACAUUAUGAAAGUAUUGGAAGCCGCCGCUGCCGACGUCCCAUAUACCAAUACGGAUUUGGCUGCUACCUUUUUCCUCGUCGGCUAUAGAUUGGGAACAAUCUAUCUCGACAAAGCCAAGGCUGCCAAGGAAGCAGGCCACGAGGACGAGGCGAAGGACUGGCUGCGCAGAAUGUCUUCGGUUGUCCCUGAGCAAGUCACGGAAAACCAAAUGCGCCUUCCGCUUAGCCUGUUUGCCGCGCGGUAUUACUACAUUUACAAUGACCUGGAGUCGGCCCGGAGCAUGGUGCACAACACGCUGAGAAUGGCCGUCGAGCUCUUGUCGGACGAUGAUUCCACGAAUGACAUGCUGGCCUUCCAGAAAAUUCUCUACGCUGUCAUUCCGUUCAAAGACGAGGUCAAUGCUGCCGCAGCGCUUGCGAUGAUGAAGCUUGAGGCACCGGGAGGCAGCUUUUCAAUCUCCUGUUCCUGCUCCUGUGGCCACACGUGGAAGGAGCCUGGGGAUAUGUGGUGGUGCAUGGACUGCAUCAAUGUAGUUUUGACAUCCGAGUGCAAGGACGAUAUCAAGAAUAGAAAUGUCUGCUGGGAGAGCCACAAGCACUUCUACAUCCCUAAGUGGGAUGAAGAGAAGAUGAGCAGCAAUCGGCCUAAGAACCAUGUGCCGUGGAAUGGCAUGCACAUUUCAAUCGAUAAGUGGAGAAAGGAAAUCACCAAGGCUUAUCAUCUGACCAAGUCUUAG